AGAGAGACCUGGAAAUGAAAGUAAAGAGACCAGGAGGCACAUGGAGGGAGCUGCAGGGGCAGCAGAUCCGGAAGCAGAAUGCUUCCUUCUGUAAUUAAAUAGCAUUUACUAUUAUUAUUACUAAUUGUAAUAAUACUCUAAUAAUAUCUCUAGUAAUAUAAUACCAUUUAUCAAGGAAAGCUAUACACAGUGUGAGUGGGGAAAAACCCAAGCAGAGACACUAUAAUGGAGAGACAGAAAAGGAAAGAGGAAAUAGAGAAGGGACUUCAAUUCAUUCAGUCCACAUUACCCCUAAGCCAAGAAGAUUAUGAGGCCUUUAUACAGAAGCUGGUGCGGAACCUUUUUGCAGAGGGGAAUGACCUGUUCCGGGAGAAGGACUUCAAGCUGGCACUGGUGCAGUACGUAGAAGGGCUGAACGUGGCGGACUAUGCGGCCUCGGACGAGGUGACCAUCCCGGUGGAGCUACUAUGUAAGCUGCACGUCAACCGGGCUGCUUGCUACUUUGCCAUGGGCUUGUACGAGAAGGCAUUGGAAGACAGUGAGAAGGCUUUGAUGCUUGACAAGGAGAACAUCCGUGCCCUCUUCCGCAAAGCCCGCUCCUUAAAGGAGCUGGGGAGGCACAAGGAGGCGUAUGAAUGUAAUAGCCGCUGCCUGCUGUCCCUCCCACAUGAUGAGAGCGUUACGCAGCUUGGUCAGGAGCUCGCACAGAAGCUGGGUUUAAGGGUUCGGAAAGCAUAUAAGAGGCCUCAGCAGGAAUUGGAAACUUUCUCUCUUCUCAGUAAUGGCACAUCAGCCAGCUUAGCAAAUCAGAUGACUUCCAAUGGGUUGGGCUCCAUAGAUGAUAUUGAAACAGACUUCUCCAUGGACCUGCAGUGCAUCCCUGCUCCCCUCGCCACCUCCAUCCCUGUGAGCGAAGGUGCAGCCCUUUCAGCCUCUGACAUGGAUGCAAAGGGCCUACCCACCUCUCUGCCUGCCGCCACACUGCUCCAUUCUCCAGAUUGCGUAUCCCUGCCCGUGCCCGAGAGUGUGGAGGACUUCACAGACGGGGAGGUUAUUGGGGAAGAACUGGACUCUCUUCUGGAUUCCCUGGCUGACGGGUCGCAGUACCCUCUAUCUCUGGUCCAGGGAACCAUUCCCACCAACUUGCCUACUGAGAUGCCCCAGCUGAUCCCAGUGUUUCCGGGCGGAACCCCUCUGCUGCCCCCUGUGGUGACGGCCAACAUCCCGAUCAACCAACAUCCAUUGCCACCUGCCUCCUUCGGCCUGGUGAUGGAUCCCACCAAGCAGCUCUCCUCUUCCGUCCUGGAUGCCUUUGAGCCCACUGGGGGCAGUGGUGGCUCCCCCUUGGAUUCUCUGGAUUCACUGGACCUGCUCCCGUACACAGAGCCACGGCUCGAUGCCCUGGAUGCCUUUGGGACUAGCAGGGGCUCACUGGAUGCCCUGGAUUCCUUUGCUGUAGAAGAAGCUGGUCCUCAGGAACUGCGACACACUGCUGGCAGCCAGAAACCAUCUCCUGCGAUCAGCCUCAGUGGGGUGAGUCACCCCACCCUCCCCAAAGGGGCAGAGCUCCUGCAGUCUCAGCCAGAGGCAGUGAUGCCCAACACUGCCCUGCUCGUGAAGAACCCCCUGGCGUCCACUCAUGUCUUCAAACAAGCCUGCCACCUCUGCUACCCCAAAACAGGCCCCAAGGCUGGUGACUACACUUACCGGGAAGGCCUGGAGCACAAGUGCAAGCGGGACAUAUUGCUGGGGAGACUGCGAAACUCUGAAGACAAGACCUGGAAGAGGAUCCGGCCCCGCCCCACCAAAACCAACUUUGUGGGAUCCUAUUACCUGUGCAAAGAUAUGAUUAACAAGCAGGACUGUAAGUACGGGGAUAACUGCACCUUCGCGUACCACCAGGAGGAGAUUGACGUAUGGACAGAGGAAAGGAAGGGAACACUCAAUCGCGACCUCCUCUUUGACCCACUGGGAGGGAUCAAACGGGGCAACCUGACCAUUGCCAAGCUCCUGCAGGAACACCAGGGCAUCUUCACCUUCCUCUGCGAGAUCUGUUUUGACAGCAAACCCCGGAUAAUCAGCAAAGGGACCAAGGACUCUCCAGCUGUCUGCUCCAACCUUGCUGCCAAACACAGCUUCUACGACAACAAGUGUUUGGUUCAUAUUGUGCGUUCCACCUCCCUGAAAUACUCUAAGAUCCGCCAGUUCCAGGAGCACUUCCAGUUUGACGUGUGCCGGCAUGAGGUGCGCUACGGCUGCUUGCGCGAGGACAGCUGCCACUUUGCUCACAGCUUCAUCGAGCUCAAGGUCUGGCUGCUGCAGCAAUACUCGGGGAUGACCCAUGAAGAUAUUGUCCAGGAGUCUAAAAAGUACUGGCAGCUGAUGGAGGUGCACGCCAGCAAAGCCACCAGCAGCACGGCUGCCCCCCGGGCUCCGACGUCAAGCAGCUUUGACCUCCAGAUGAAAUUUGUGUGUGGCCAAUGCUGGAGGAACGGGCAGGUGGUGGAGCCAGACAAGGACCUCAAGUACUGUAGUGCCAAAGCCCGCCACUGCUGGACAAAGGAGCGUCGUGUCCUGCUGGUGAUGUCCAAAGCAAAGAGGAAGUGGGUUUCCGUCCGACCGCUGCCUUCCAUCCGCAACUUCCCACAGCAAUAUGAUCUGUGUAUCCAUGCACAAAACGGCAGGAAGUGCCAGUAUGUUGGGAACUGCUCCUUUGCCCACAGCCCUGAGGAGAGAGACAUGUGGACCUUCAUGAAAGAAAAUAAAAUAUUGGAUAUGCAGCAGACCUAUGACAUGUGGCUAAAGAAACACAACCCUGGGAAGCCAGGAGAGGGAACACCACUCACGUCGCGUGAAGGAGAGAAGCAGAUCCAGAUGCCCACCGACUACGCUGACAUCAUGAUGGGAUACCACUGCUGGCUGUGUGGGAAGAACAGUAACAGCAAGAAGCAAUGGCAGCAACACAUCCAGUCAGAGAAGCAUAAGGAGAAGGUCUUCACCUCUGACAACGACUCUAGCUGCUGGAACUACCGCUUCCCCAUGGGCGAAUUCCGGCUCUGUGACAGGUUCCAGAAGACCAAGGCCUGCCCUGAGGGAGAUAAAUGUCGCUGUGCUCAUGGCCAGGACGAGCUGACCGAGUGGUUGGACCGGCGGGAGGUACUGAAGCAGAAACUGGCCAAAGCUCGCAAGGACAUGCUGCUGUGCCCCAAGGAUGACGACUUCGGCAAAUACAACUUCCUAUUGCGGGAUGGCGUAUAGUGGGGUGGUGGGGACCUGUUGACUGGAAAAACAGAAGCAAGUUUUCAAAGGGUGAGGCUGUGGUAGGGCAACAGAGACAUGUCUCACAAGGAGAACUUUUUUUUCCCCUUUGUUUCAAGAUUACCAAUAUGAUUUUCCGGUGGUGAAUGAAAUUGUGACCCGAUUCUUCUGUGGCCAGUGAACGCUGUGCUCAUAAAGUUUCUUUUCUAUCUUCUCUUUUCUUUCCUUAUUCUCUGCCCACCUUUUUUUUUUUUCUUUCUUUAAUUGAAAGGAAUGAACACAGUUGGGCAUGAGAGAGAGAGAAUCUUUUCCUUUUAAUUCCCCAUCUCUAGACUCUAAGUGUGGCUGGGAGGUUUUCUGGGACAUUGCAGUGUCAUGAAUGCAGCUGAGAGGGGGAGCUGAGAGAGGGGGCAGGGUUACUGGAGCAUAGGUGUCUGCAGUCCUCUGUGCUCAUUCUCCUCCAUAGGAUGGAGCAAAUUCCCCUUCUCUUUCAUGCUCUCCUGGAAGAACAAUAUAAAAAAACAAUUGUAGCUGAGAUGCAGGUGAGGAAAGCCUUUAAAUCCAUGUGAUUUAAAACAUUAGUUUUAAAACACCCGGCCUGUUAGCUGCUGUGGAUGACUGCAAAGGAGCAAAAUUACAUCCCAAGUCUUCCCCUGAGGCACACAACAGCUGAGGAGGGUAACGGCUGUCUAGCCUCCCCCAUACAUGGGUGCAAGGAGCAUUGCUGAGAAAGCAACCAGGGUGCUUUUUGCAGAAGGGGCAGUUUGAAAGUAAUCAUGGAUAACUUUUUUUUGCUGUUACUAUUGAUUGUGUCCAAAAAGCAAACUAGUAAUGGGUCAUUUGACAGAAGAGAGUGCAGAAUUUUUUUUUUUUUAAUUUAAACUAGUGUGAUUAUGUAAGUAAGACUGAGUCCCUCCACAGGGUAUAGCUAAUACUAUGGUGCUGUUGUCAUCUGUGUGCUCUGGGCCUUGGGAUCAGCAGAAAAAAGGAAGUAACAGAAAAGGAGCUUGUAUUUUUAUUUGUCAACAGUGUAAAGUCAGUCAGCUUCUGCUUCGGGGAUUACGUCUUUAAAUAGUCUAUAUACUUGGUUACUUGGAUACGGGUUUUGUCUGUAGAGGCUGAAGGUGCUGUCAGAGGAAGUGGGCAUAAAUCAAUUCAAGGACACUCAAGUAGCAUAGAUCCAAAAUUCAGAGUGUGUGUUUGACAAAGAAUGCGUUUGGAAAUGAUUUCGCGAUUGAAAUUAAUACAGUGUAGUUGCUGGUGGGGGUUGAAACCUUCUCUUUCAGUGUUGCAAAAUCACACUCAGUAGCAUUUGACGAGUGCAUGGGAACCAGAAAACAAAGCUAACUAGAAAUGCAAGACAAAACUGACCAGGGUAGUUUGGAGCUGAGUGAUGUGCAAAACACAAAUCAAUAGCAUGCUGAAGAAGCCAAUUUUAAAGGUUCUUUUAGAUUGUUAAACUGAAGCCAGUUUAUUAAUGCAAGUAAGGAGAAUGUUUGUUCCUAGCAUGUGAUUUUUACUUUGACUGUGUGUCCCCUUGCAGUCUCCCCUCCCCUCCCCGAAAAGAAAAAGGAAAUUAAUUCUUCCUGUAUCCUUUGUCAAACAGAGGAUAAGAUAUCCAACAACUGUCUGGAAGAGAAGAGGAAGAUCAUAUUUGUAAUAUGAGGGUCCCUCUGGGUAAAUAGAAACACAUAACCACCCAGCCCCAGUGUCCCCAUCAGGUUACAUCUUGGUUUUUUGGUGGGGAAAGUUCAGCAGUGGGAAGUGUGUUUUUUCUGAUUGUUUUUGUUUUUUUUAAAUCAUUAUGAACAUUGCGUUUAAACUGGCUUCUAGGCUUCUGUGCCUCCCUCCCCUCACUAGAGUUCCAGUGCUGCAAGUAGUGUCAUUUUUCAGCAAGCUGGCCCCUGCCGGCAGAAAGAAUAGAGGAGUGCCUCUUUGCCAUGGGAACAUUCAGGUGCGCAGGGGAGCCUCUGAUAGAAUCGCCCCGCCUCGCCUUAUGGAGCAAGAGAGGGAACAGCUGUCAAGUCUGCUGCUGGUAUUGUGCUGACUUGCAUUUUGAAUUAGGUCAGCUCUAGGGGGAGCAGUUGACACUCAAGGUAUGUCUACACUGAAAAUGCUACUGGGGCAAAGUUGCAGCUGCGCCGCUGUAAUGCUUCAGUGUAGACACUAUCUACGCUGACAGGAGCGGUUUUCCCAUUGGCAUUGAUCACCCACCUCCCUGAGAGGGGAGAGCUAGGACAAUAGAAGAAUUCUUCUGUCGCCUUAGCAUUGUCUACACCGGGGGUUAGGUUGGCAUAGCUGCGUUUCUCAGGGGGGUGGAAUUUUCACGCCCCGAGAGUUGUAGCUGUACAGCUGUAUGUUCCCACUGUAGACCAGCCCUUAGACUGUGUCAGCUGUAAGUGAAGCUAGUGUUGCCAAAUGAAGUGGCCCCGCUGAAUGCUGUUCCUGUCAGAGUUGGUACCAUUCUCCAGUGAGCCUAGCUGAGGGGAUUCAUUAGUGCAUGUGGCAUGUGUGGCUCCAGAGGGAAGGUCUGUGAUGUGGCCCAACACAUGCUGUCUGUCGGCAAGCUGGGGUGAUUUCACAUCAUUUGGGUGGGGUGGGAUUGAUGCAGGGAUAUGUUAAGAAGAUGGCAGAGACUGUCCAUAGUGCCUACUAUACCACCUGCACUCUUGCCUUGUUAAUUUGAGGAGUGGUGGUGGGACGUCUCGCAGGAUUUUCUAUCUCCAAUACUGGAAUGAUAUAAAUUGUGUUUAAAACAGGGCAGCUCAAAUGGAGGAACCCGAUUGGCCGAGCUGGGGUGCGGAGUAGAGUCUCAAAUAUAACUCCACUGAGUCAGGAUCUCAGUAUUUCUAAUGGCAAUAAUGAGCUUAUGCCAACACCCCAGAGUUUCUCUGGGGUCAGCUUUGUGCCUCAUCCUGGUCCACCUGUCACUGGGGAGUGGGCAUGCUGACAUCUGCCUCCCUAUCUCUCACUCUGAUUACAGUUUAAUAGAGUGUGCAUGUGUGUACGUAGUUUGAUACAGCACCAUCGGCUGAAGAACAAACAGUCCCACCUUCUUAGAGCAAUGUGUGUGUAGUUUUUUGUAUAGGGUCUCAUGAGAUUGUUUUGCCUGUGAGAAGUCAGAGCCCUCCAGUGCUGUAUGUAUAAUCAAUAAAACGUGGCUGUAUUUUGCAUGGUGGUUCAGCAGCGUUGGGUCCCCUUUUCUUCACCCCACCUCUGAGGACACCUGUGUCCCUAGACAAGAGCUAUUAGGUAGGGAGCAAUAUGUGGGAGAUACUGAAUUGGCAGCUGGCAUCUUUAUUUACAGACCUAACUCUGGAUGUAUACAACUCAUAGGCAGCUGGCUCAGCUCCUGCAUAGUGGUUAGAGCCUGGGAGUAUUAAUGAGGAGACCUGGGGUCUGGUCUUUUCAGCCACUGCUGUUAAGUCACUGGGUCCCCUGGACAAACUGCUAGCCCCUCCAUGCUUGUUUUCCCCUCUGCCAAAUUGUGAUGAUAACGAUAUGAGGAUUAAUUCAUUAGUGUGUGUGUGUGUACCACUCUUUGGGGUCCUGGCCUGGAAGUGGCACUAGAAGCAGAGAGAUUGAGUAUGUAUUCGUUGUUUAUGAUAGAGAGAUGGGAGAAGGGAGGAUGCUUUUUCUUGCAUGCCCCAAGGAGACGGCAGAGCAGCUGGAAAGAUCCUUGCUCCACUGAUCUGCCUCCCGAUGUCCAUGGUUUAUGAGCAGGCUGAUGCUGUAUUUGUUUCCACCGACCGGGUGAGGCGCGAUUUCUGUUCAGAUUUGAAACUGGGCACCUCAUCUCCUAGGACGUACAUUUCAUUGUCUCAAGCACUGAAAUUGUAAAGGCUAGAUGGCAAGGGAGAGGGAUGCUUGUCUUCUGUUUUGCCACGUAUACUCAUAAUGUAUAGAAUUGCUGUGACACUGGAUUAAGCAAAGUAACAGGAACCCAGCUGCUGCUAAAUGAGCUAAUCCAGCCUUCCCUUCACCCCCGCCCCCCCUUUGUAUCUGUCUAAUCCCUGCUUUACCAACACGUGUUCAGCCAGUCACUCCCUCUGCAGAAUUGACCAAAAAAGUGAGAUUCACACCAGUGCGUAGGCUUGUACCAUGUUUGUUGGAGUGGUGGCAGCGACGUGUGCAGGGGGAAGAGAGGAAAAAUUAAUCGGGGGGGGGGGGGAAAUGCUUGUUUUUUACUUUAAAAACAAAUCUGCAUUUACAGUGUAAUUGUCGCGUUUGCUGCGCCGGGACUUAAGAGUUGAUAAUUUGUUUAGAUUAUGGAGCGGGGUAAUGUCCCUUCUCUUUAAUCAAAAUAACUGCUCUGCACCCACUCUUCUCCAGACUGAUAGUGUUAGCUGGGGGGAGGGGCUAUUGUUAUGGGGGCAAAGGGGGUGGGGAUGCUCAUGAGCAUUGCGUAUCUAUUUUUGUUUUCCCAGAUAUGAUAACCUGAUCUGUGGUGUUGCAGUAUUUUGUCACAGACUUGUUUUAGUGUGUAUAUAUGUGACCCCUGUGAAGCAUAUAUACACAGGUAUUAAAUAUAUCGCUCUAUAUAAUAUUAUAUAUGUGUGUGGUAUCAAAGGAAUCUUUUUUAAUGAGGGUAAAGGAAAAGGACUCAGUCCAGGAAAUGCAGCAUCUCCUGUUUAAAUGUGAAGGCUUCCCCUCCCUCCCCCCCAGCUGGGGUGGCAGAAAGGAGGAGGAAGGGAGGAGUUUAUAGACAGGUAUAAAGUUCAAGCUGGAACAGGUUUUCCUCAUCACGCCUCUGAAAGCCCUCCGGUGAUGACCUUCCUACCCCACCCUAGUGAAAGAACAUUCAGGUGCUUCGCUAACGAGUAAAGUUAUGAUUAAAAGCUUGUUUAUAUGUAUGUAAAGGGCAGGAGACUCCAGAUUUGACCCCUCGUUUUCUUUCGCUUAUCACUUUUUUUUCAGUGUGAUAUUUCAUCUCACCAAAAAUACUCAGCACUAGCAGCUCUGCGAUAAUUAAACCAUAAGCUCCAGUGUUCUAAGGGAACCCUACCACGAACCAAGCACUCACUCCUCUUACAAUAACAAUCUAGCCUGUGCAAUGUGGGGACUAAGGGGAGGAUUUUCGGCAAGGAAACACAUCUGAGGGCUAACGAGUGCCGUUAACUUUUUUUUUUUUUACAUUACAAAAUAUCUUGUCCCUUUAUUUAUAAAAACCAAACCCCUCCAACACACACACCAGACUUUGAUUUAGUUCAGCUUGUUAAAUGCUGAGGGAUAUAAUACAAAUCCUUCUCCCAAUCCUUUCAAGUGAAGGGAGGGAUUUGUGAAGUUGUUUGAAGCAAAAAACAACAACAAAUCAGCUCAUAUGAACAGUGUGUCAGAAAUGGAUGUGCUCUUGGCAUGUGAAAGGGAAAAAUCGCAAGGGGCUGCUGCAGUUCUAAGUUGGCUAGUAAUGAGAUGGAGUCCUUUAAAAUGUCUCUGUAUUAAUAUAAUUUAAGAAUACCACGCUUUACUAUUAAAGAAAACCUUAGUACCUUUCAUAAGGUCUAGUACCAAGAUAAUAAUGUAGAUGUUUUAACAAUUUUGUUUUUGUUCUUAAAACAAACUUGCUUCUUUUAGCCUUUGUAAUAGAAAAUAAAAGUGUGCACUUUAAACCCUC